AUGGACAAAAGAUUUAUAAUUCAACAAUAUCGUCCUGAGCUUGCUUCCUUCGAAGAGAUCUAUCGCGAUGUUCAUCGAAAUCCAGAACUUUCCUUGCAGGAGGUCCGUACGGCCGCCCUCAUCGUCGAGUUUCUGGAGUCUCUUGGUGGCUACCGAGUCAUCAAGGGAAUCGGAGGACAUGACGUUGUUGGAAUCCUAUAA